ACAAACCAAAUCCUCAUGAGUUCGACCCUAACUAGCCGAGGGAUGGUGUCUUGUCGGUCUGAUUCGGUCUUCUGUGCGAAGAAUACCCCAACAGGGGAAGACGCUAUUCUUCACAAUCCGGGGGAUUCGGCGCAUACUCCGCACUGAACUGUCACAACCCCUCCCCUCCCCACCGCAAUUGUUAGUUUUCUGUGUUGCUUCUUCGUAUCUUUCCGUGGUGUCUUGCCCUCGACUGCGCCGGUUCUCUUGAGUUUUGUCAGUCAGCCCUUUGACUAGUCCAGUUGCAUGUUCUUGCUGCAAAGGAGAUAUCCAACGUCAUAGACCGGUAUGAAGACAAGGUCACAGCCACCCUGCAGCGCCGAGCCAAGCAGCGAAAAGAGUCUCCCAGAGGCGAGUCAGCAUACUCAAACCGCAAGUCAGAUUGUCUUCCACAGAGAUCAGUGGGUGGGGAACGAAGAGGCCAUUGACCGUCGACGGCUAAAGGAGCUGUCCACCAAUUUUAGCCAUGUCGGAGCCCUGACCACUCGAGGUCUGACGCUCGUUCGAACGAGGGACUCAGGAAAAGACCCGGGGCCCCCUCCGGAUGGUGGCUUCAAGGCUUGGUCGCAAGUGGCCCUUGCCCAUUUCGUUAUUUUCAAUACCUGGGGCUAUAUCAAUAGCUUUGGUGUCUUUCAGGACUACUAUACGCAAACCCUGGGGCGGCCACCUUCCGAUAUAUCUUGGGUUGGUAGCGUUCAAAUUUUUCUCCUGUUCUUUAUCGGAACCCUCUCUGGACGUGCUACCGACGCCGGUUAUUUCAAAGCUAUCCUCACAUGUGGGGCGAUACUCGAGUUGGUUUGCAUCUUCAUGACUUCCUUGUGCACUCAAUACUGGCAGCUGUUUCUGGCCCAGGGCAUUGGCCAGGGAAUAGGCUGCGGGCUCAUGUUUUGCCCGACUAUCGCUUUGAUGCCGACGUAUUUCACCAAGAACCGAGCCAUCGCCAUCGGCAUAACAGCCUCAGGAUCGGCCACAGGAGGGCUGGUGUUUCCGGCGGUGGUCAUGCGGCUUCUGCCGCGAAUAGGGUACGGAUGGACGGUACGGACAUUGGGCUUCAUCUCGUUAGCCACUUUGACGCCUUGUUUGAUCUUUCUUCAGCAGAGGCUGCCACCCCGUCGGAGUGGGCCACUUGUCGAAUUGGCCGCGUUUCGGGAACCAUCGUAUGCUCUCUUUGCUCUGGGAAUGUUUCUGAAUUUUUGGGGUCUAUAUGUGGGAUUCUUCUAUAUUAGCAGUUUUGCGCAGGACAUUAUCGGCGUAUCUCAGUCUACGUCGAUUGAUGUGCUCCUGGUUAUGAACGGGGUAGGACUAAUGGGUCGCUUGAUCCCGAACCUGCUGGCAGAUCGGUUCACGGGACCGUUGAAUAUGCUCAUUCCUUUCAGCUUGGUCACUGGCGUCGUGGCUUUCUGCUGGACCUCGGUAGAGAGUUACAAUGGCCUAUAUGCCUUCAGCGCCUUCUAUGGUCUUGCAGCAGCCGGAAUCCAAUCUCUAUUCCCCGCUACACUAAGCACACUGACCACCGAUUUGAAGAAGACGGGAGUACGGAUGGGGAUGGUGCUGAGUGUGGUGGCGGUUGCCGCCCUGAUUGGUACCCCCAUCGCAGGAGCAUUGGUGGUUCGGGAUAGCGGUCAAUACCUAUACGCACAGAUGUUCAUGGGCAGUGCCAUUCUGGCGGGCACAUUGACCCUAGUUGUGGCGCGUACGAGCAAAAUAGGUCUAAUAUAUAGUAGAGGGGGACAUACAUACAUUACAUAUCACACAAAAUCGUCUGUCACGCGCGCGCGCACACACACACACACACAAACACACACACAAACAAACGCAUAUACAUACGCUCUCUCUCUUCCUCCUUUUCUCAAUCUCAUCAUGGCACCCCGCGGUCGCGGAAAGUUUUCCAAGCCUUCACGAGGAGGUGGAAAACAUUUCAGUCGCGAUGUGCAACCGGUCGACAAAGAUGGAAAUCCUGUCGGCCUCUGGAGGGAUCCCGAGGAAAACAAUCUUUCUGUCUCCGAGGAAGAGGAGUCUUCAGAAUCAGGUUCCGAGGAGUCAUCCGAUAAUGAUGACAACACUGCCCACAGCCCCCGAGCCGGUUCCUCCUCCAUGCCUGCAGCGAGCGGCAGCAGCAGCGGUACCACCGAAAUGACCCGUGAGGAGCGACGUGCCGCUGCGAAAGCAAAGAAACAAGCUGCACAGGCUCGCCGGAUGCAGAGCGCCGCUCAACCCGGUGAUCUGCCGCCCUCAGACACCGAGGGGUCGGGCAAUGAUAGUGAUGAUGAAGACCUACCUGCAAACCCCAAUCACACGGCCAAAUCGCGCUCCCAGCUCAGCAGCACACAGGAAGAUGCGCAGAAGCCGGACGGAGAUUUAUCACAGCUCUCGCGGCGGGAGCGCGAGGCUAUCGAAGCCCAUCAAGCGCGACAGCGCUACCUAAAGCUUCAUGCCGAAGGCAAAACGGAGGAGGCUCGCUCUGAUCUGGCUCGCUUGGCGCUCGUCCGCGAGCAACGCGAGGCAGAUCGCCUGCGCAAGGAAGCCGAGAAGGAGGAGAAGGCCGAGCUCGCGAAGCAGCGCGCCGCCGAACGCGAGACCAAGCUGCAGGGUGCAAAGGGUGGAAAGAAGAAAGCUGCGCCAAAGAGAAAAUGAAUGCCACAAAAAGGACAUCAUUAGUCUCGCCUCCGUUCCCCAGCUUCAGUGCCGUUGCUGUUGGUGCAUAUCGUAUAUAUUCUAUACAGGUAUUGAAAUAACUUUUGGCCAUUGAAUUCCCUCUCAGAUCCCUCAAUCGAAAUCAAAUAGCAAUGCAAGAUUACAU